AUGGGGAUCCUGGCAAGAAUCCGGGAGGCAGAUCUCUGCAAAGAGAUGACCUGGAGGCUCUUUAUAGCUUCCAUUUUCUGUUCGUUGGGCGGCCUUGGAUUCGGUGCAGAUUAUGGUUUCUGGUCCGGAAUGCUGGGUAUGGCGGAGUUUAAGAAGCAAUUCGGCGUUUACGACGAGACUACCGACUCUUAUACGAUUCCUUCGGUCUGGCAAUCUGUGGGCAGCGCACCUCCGACCGCAGGUCUUGCAAUAGGCGCGCUCAUCUCUGGAUUCCUGGGCAGCAAGUACGGUCGGCUCAAUACCUUUCGUGGAUCAUCGGUAGUGUCUGUAAUUGGCAUUCUCAUCCAGAGUACGGCCAUCAGCUCGUACUGGCAAAUCGUUGCUGGACGAAUCGUCAACGCCUUGGCCCUGGGAGUACUCGCCAACACCGUUCCUGCCUAUCUGGCCGAAGUCGCCCCAUUAUCCAUUAGAGGCACGCUCAUCAACUGUUACCAAUUUUCCAUUGGCGUUGGUGCAGUGCUCAUCAACACUUGUAAUUGGGGCAUGCAUGAGCGUACUGACCAGUGGGCAUACCGCCUUACCAUCAUUUUGCAAUUCAUCAUCCCGAUUGUUUAUAUCCCCGGGUCCUUUUUCAUCCCUGAAAGUCCCAGAUGGCUGCUCGGCAAAGGUCGCUCAGCAGAAGCCCUAGAUUCUCUAAUGAUUUUACGGUCCAACAUGCCGCGCGACAUGAUUGAGCAGGAGAUGAAGAACAAGAGUCGAUUCAGUGGGAACUGGAUAGAAUGCUUCAGGGGAACCAACCUGCGUCGAACGCUGAUUGCUACCGGCAUGCAGUGCUUGCAGCAGGCCCAGGGCAGUUCGUUCAUGUCCUCUUAUGCUGUAGUGUUCUUCCAGGCAAUUGGUGUCCAAAAUGAGUACCAGAUUAUCGUCCUGCUCUUGUUUGUCCAGACGAUUGCCAGCGCCUUUGCCUUUUACCUUCCUGACCGUUUCGGCCGUCGCUGGAUUCUCAUCAUCAACGCCCUGGUCAUGGCCAUUUGCAUGUAUGUGGUCUCCCUUGUCAAAGGCUACAGCUUUGCAAACAACCAAGCUGGAACAAAUGGAGCCAUCGCCGCCUUAUUCAUCUGGCAGUUUUCGGCAGCUGUGGGCUGGAGCAGUUGCGUCUGGAUCGUGACUGCAGAAGUGCCGACUCUGCAACUUCGAGAAAAGACGAUUACCGUUGCCACAUUUGCCGGCUUCUGCGUGUCGAUUCUAGUCACUUUUGUCAAUCCCUUUAUGCAGGAUGAAGGCUAUGGCAACCUACAAGGACGUGUCGGUUUCGUUUACGGCAGUUUCUCCAUCGCGGCGGCACUUUGGACCUUUUUCGUAUACCCUGAGACCGGCUUCCGCAGCUUGGAGGAGCUCGAUGAAAUGUUCUACAAGGGCGUCUCCGUUUGGAACUUCCGCAGCUAUCAGACGUCGGGGUUUGGUGCUCAAUUGGCUGAGGUCGAGCAUGGUGUCACGCACGGCCAAGUCGCCGCGUCCAACGCCAAGCUCGCGUACCUGGAUACCGCCAAGCAAUAA